GCUUAUGCGGCGGCAGAUCUUUCGACAGUUACAAGAAGUUCCAACGAAUCAAAUACAAGUACAAUGCGAGAUCAUAAAAUACAAGCAGAAUGCCAGAUCGUAACUAAUUUUCUUGCUGUGCAAACCCCAACAAGAAACUCCAACAAGAACCAGCUCAAUCUUUUAGAAGAUCCAAGGACGGGAUUAGCCACUGGAGCAACAAGAAUCAUCCUCUUUUGUAGCUCUUGGCACGGUGUGUGUCUCCACACUUGCAUCUUCCACUAUAAAUUCUGCGGAUCAAUUCAUUCUGAUGACAUAACAACUGCAGCAUCAACAGCUACAGUUGCUAAGAUCACCACUGCCAAGGUCUCUGUUAUAAUUACGUCAAUGGCGUGUCCACCGCACGCGGUUGUCAUCCCCUACCCGGCGCAGGGCCACGUGAUCCCGCUCAUGGAGGUUGCACACGCGCUGGCUGACAGGGGCUUCAACGUCACCUUCGUCAACACCGAGUUCAACCACGCCCGUGUAGUCGCCUCCAUGUCGAACGGCGUUGGCAGCGGGCUGGGCCGGAUCCGGCUCGUGGCGGUGCCAGAUGGCAUGGCCCCCGGGGAGGACCGGAACCAGCUGGUGAGGCUGACCAUACUCAUGGCGGAGUUCAUGGCGCCGAAGGUGGAGGAGCUCAUUCUCCGGAGCGGUGAGGCGGCCGUGGACGGCGGCAAGAUCACGUGCAUGGUCACGGACUACAACGUCGGGUAUUGGGCGGUGGACAUUGCACGGAGGACCGGAAUCCCGGUGGCGGCCGUUUGGCCGGCGUCGGCCGCUGUCAUGGUCACCCUUCUGAGCUUUCCCAAGCUGAUCGAGGACAACAUCAUCGACGGGGAAGAUGGGUCUACUCUGGGCGAGGGAACAUUCCAACUGAGCCCCGACAUGCCUCUCAUGCAGAGCGCCCACCUCGCAUGGAACUGCAUUGGCGACCACGACCAGCAGGCGACCCUCUACCGGCUACUUUGUGACGGCGUCCGUGCAAUGGAGCAGUGCGACUUCGUCAUCUGCAACUCCUUCCAGGAGGCAGAGCCGGCAUCUUUCAAACUCUUCCCCAACGUCCUCCCUGUUGGCCCGCUGCUCACCGGGGAGCGCAACGGCAAGGCCGUCGGCCACUUCUGGCAGCCGGAGGACGACGAGUGCAUGUCCUGGCUCGACGCGCAUACAGAGAGAUCCGUCGUCUACGUGGCUUUUGGCAGCUUCACCAUGUUCAACCGGCGCCAGUUUGAGGAGCUCGCGCUGGGGCUCGAGCUCUCCGACCGGCCGUUCCUGUGGGUCGUGCGCCCAGACAUUGGCCAUGGCGCAGUGCACGACUACCCGAAGGGCUUCCUGGACCGGGUGUGCGGCACGGGAGGCCAGGGCAAGCUCGUCUCCUGGGCACCGCAGCAGCGCGUGCUGGCGCACCCAGCGGUGGCUUGCUUCGUGUCGCACUGCGGGUGGAACUCCACCAUGGAAGGCGUCCGGAACGGCGUGCCUUUCCUCGCGUGGCCCUACUUCGCCGACCAGUUCGUGAACCAGGUGUACAUCUCCGACGUGUGGAAGGUGGGCCUCAAGGCCGUGGCCGACGAGUCGGGGGUCAUAACCAAGGAGCACAUCGCCGGCAGGGUGGAGGAGCUGAUGAAGGACGCCGGCAUGAGGGAGAGGGUGGAGGCCCUGAAGAAGGCCGCGCACGAGAGCAUUCAGGAAGGCGGCUCCUCGCAUGGAAACUUCGAUGCUUUUGCGGAGGUCAUGAAGAAUGCGGCGCCACACGAAGUGAGCGUUCGGGAUGGGGGCGCCUCACCCGGAAACUUCCAUACUCUAGCGGAGGGUAUGAAGGCGUGAUCAUCUGCCGCUUGAAUGUAUGUAUGUGUGGUAGUGUGUGCAAUUUUGCAUUUCCACACAGAAUAAACCAUGACCCUUUGCCUUUAUAUCUGCUGCCUUUUUUUGUUUGUGAGUUAACUCCGGAAAUACUCCCUCGCAGAAUAAAAAGUUCAUUUGCC